AUGUAUUGGACGAUAACAAUUGAAGGUGGUCCAAAACGUGUAAAUCACGCAGCAGUAGCGUUAAAUGAUCAAAUUUAUUCAUUUGGUGGUUACUGUUCUGGUGAACUUUAUGAUGGUAGUCAGCCAGUUGAUGUACACGUUUUAGAUACCGGAAAUUAUCGUUGGCGUAAAUUAACGGUACGAACGGAUAAUAGCGAAAGCGAAACUGCUUAUCCAUCGGUAUCACAGAAUAGUUGGCCAUAUCAACGAUAUGGUCAUACAGUUGUUGAAUAUAAUGGUAAAGCAUACUUAUGGGGUGGACGAAAUGACGAAUUUGGUGCGUGUUCCAAGAUGUAUUGCUUUGAUCCAGAAGCGGUAACUUGGUCAGUGGUUCCUUCUGAAGGUGAAGCACCACCAGCACGUGAUGGGCAUAGUGCUGUGGUAGUUGAUGAUCUGAUGUUUAUGUUUGGUGGUUUUGAGGAAGAUUCACAGAGGUUUAGUCAAGAAACUUUUGCUUAUAAUUUCAAACAGAGGAAAUGGUAUGAAUUGAAAACAACGGGUGAAUUGCCGCAGUGGCGAGAUUUUCAUACAGCUUGUGUCAUUAAUAAAAAAAUGUAUAUAUUUGGUGGACGUAGCGAUUUGCAUGGUGCAUUUCAUAGCUCCCGAGAUUAUUAUUCUGAUGUACUCAAAGUGUUGAAUUUAAAAACAGGCCGUUGGGAAGAUCCAAAAGUAACUGGUGAUUGUCCAUGUGGUCGACGAAGUCAUAGGGUUCGUAAUAAUAAGAUGUAUAUAUUUGGUGGAUAUUUGGGUACCGAAAAUCGGCAUCUAAACGAAUUGCAUGAAUUUGAUCCUGCAACAUCGUGCUGGCGUCGUUUAAAACCAUUCGGUACUGGUCCUUCACCGAGGCGAAGACAAUGUGUGGUUGUCGUUGGUGAACGCGUUUUUUUGUUUGGUGGUACUAUGCCUUCCAAUUCAAAGAAAAUGGAUCCCGUACAUAGUGGUCUUUGUGACCUCUCUGAUCUUCAUGUACUUGAUUACGGACCAACUCUGAAGGAUCUUGCUGCUAAUGCUGUUAUAAAAAAUAGAUUGAACGAAAGAUUUUCUGAUUUGAUUCCAGAUGAUCUGAAGCACGACCUUCGGAUGAUGACACAACCAAACAAAAUAACUCUUACUCGAUAUGAUGGUUGA